AUGUUGCAGUAUGAUGAACAACAAGGAAAACCUCUACCAAAGUUUGGGGAAUGGGAUGUUAAUGAUCCAGCCUCAGCUGAAGGAUUCACAGUUAUAUUCAACAAAGCAAGAGAUGAAAAGAAAAUUGCCUCAGCAUCUGGAAGAUUUCCUUCUCAGCGAAGACAUGAUUCCCACUAUCGUAAGGAUCAUAAGAAUUCCUCAAAGAAAAAAUGGUUUUGCUUUAGCCUUUAA